AUGGCAAAACGGAAGGACCUCGAACCUGAUAGAGCAAGAGUUCCUGUGAGGCUGCUGGCGUGCGAUGAUCUGGGCCUGCUCCAAGGUGUCCAGGCUCCUGAUCUCAAUCGAUUUGAGGAUGCAAAGGUGGUCAGUCGUUGGAAUGUAGCAGGUCUGCAUUUCCUCACCAGUCAGACGCCUGAUCGGCCUCAACUGCUGUCAUGCACGCAUGGCGGCUCAGUGGAUAUUCAUUCUCCGGCCCUCCACUCAGAUGAUGAGAAGUGGGAACGGCUGUCCCACUGGACAGUCCCUGGAAAAGUGUCCUCAAUGGCAGUGAGCGAGGAUGAAAGCUGCGUGGCGGUGGGUUGUGAGGGCAGUGAGCUCAAUAUCUGGGACGUGCAGUCUCAGCAGCGGACUUUUCUGGCAAAGAGUGCUAAGCCAAACAGGAUUGGACUUGUGGACCUACCCUUUUGCUCAGCCGUCGCUUUUGUGCCAGGCUCGGGAGCCUCACAGGUGCUUAUUGGAACAGGCAAGAGCAAGCUGCGGCUGUACGACACAAAACAUGGCAGGCGGCCUGUGCUGGAUCUGACAUUUGGCGAGGCCAGAAUCACCUCUCUCGCAGCUGAGCCCAACGGCAAGAGGGUGUGGGUGGCCAAUGCAGCAGGCAAGUUUGAGGUGCUGGACCUGCAAGCUGGCAAGAUGGACGGCGCUGUGAAGGGAGCAAUUGGAUCAGUGCGCUCUCUGGCGCUGCACCCCACAGAGCCGUUGCUGGCCUCAGUUGGCCUGGAUCGGUUUGUGAGGGUGCACAACACAACCAGCCGCAAGCAGCUCUGCGCUGUGUACUUGAAGCAGCAGCUGAACGGGGUAUCCUUCUGCCCCGCGUCCCAUCAGGAAGAAGCAAAGGAAUGCGCGCAGGAACAGCAGGCAGCUGCAGGCAGACAUGGGGACAGGCGCAGGAAGCAAGCAAAGUCCAGCAAGUGA